GUCGCCAUCCCUCCAGUUCAUACAUUUUCCUACGUCCAUUCCCGAAAAAAAUAGUAAGGAAAAGUUCUCCCAUCAUUCGGAACUCGACAACCACAACCAUCGCCAAGCUUCCCAGAGUGGAAUUACGCGCAAGCAACAACAUCCCAAUUUACUUCGUUUUUUUUAGUACCCCUUUACAACCAAAGCCUUUGUUUCACACCUCACACCUCACCAUCGUUAUCUACCGAUUUUCUGAGCGCCUCUGAUUGUCUAGAAUACCUGGUUAAUUUACUAGUAGCCCGAUGACCUCCCUACCCACCAGCAAUCGACCCGAUUCAUCAGAAAUGACUGGUGUAACUCAGACUACCUACCAUUUCAACCCAACGAUGGAACACAACGCUGAUACACGUGUUUCGAUCAUCACCAACGCCCAUCCAUCUGAUUCUUGGGUAUCAGCCAAGAAGGAGAACUACGAGGGUAGACACGAUGUCACCCGCAACACCCUGUCUCAGCCAUCAACGGAGUCCCCUCGCACCGUCCAUGUAAUGCGCUUGCUUUCAGACACCGAGAGAUCCCUUUCUGGCUUCUGUUACUCUUCGCCUACGCUUCCCCUAUGGAGGUUUUGCUCCAUGGCCGGGAAAGGCUUGAGCUCGAAGCGUGUCGAAGACGUGAAACUGAACCGCAUUGACAAACUCAGGGCGGGUCGCAAACGCAGAGCUAACCGCCGGCCUUUUGUAUUCAAGAGUAGUCCACUUGCUGAAGGCCAAGGAGCCGGUCGACUGACUCAAUUCCACGCAAACACCUUUGCGCAUCCCUCACCUUCAUCAAAGUCAUCGCCGUUUGUUGAUCGUAAGAAUACAGAAGGGAUGCAGCUCCGUCAAACCACCUUCUACAACGGCUGCAAUGCUGUCCGCAUCAGUCGCUUCUCCGGCCCGAGUGACCCGACAAUCAAGCAGUGGCGUGAUCCUUCACAACUCGAAAGGCCCGUCACAUUCGCUCCCCGUGACUGCAACUUCAACUCUUUUCCCAGCUGGUCAAAGCAACCUCAAAUCUCUAGACUAUGUAGCCCCAAAUCCACUAAACCUCAAUCUUCCCUUGUCCAAACGAAAACCGACUACCAGUCUUGGGAAAUCUCUCUGCCGAAGUGUCCUUUUCCCAACAUGGGAAUGUUUUCAAAUUAAAUAUUUCUUUCAAUUCACUGGUUGAUAGCGCUUUGUAUUCUCUCGGAGCUUCGACUCCCUGCUAGUGACUGUACAUAUCUGAAUUUCUUAUCGAUCAACGAUUCGCUUCACCCUUUUUCGCUUUCUCGUAUACCAUUGAUGGACCAGCAGCCUGUUCAAAUUUUCAUUUCUUCUACAUCAAGCUUCAAGAUUCCUGCAUGCUUCCAUAGUAGCCAUUAUCUUUUUGCUCAUUGUCUAAACUCUAUUUAUAGAUCAAGUUAUCAUAAUUCUUUUUUUUCUCUUGCACUUGUUUAUUGAUUGACAGUGACAAUUUUUUUGGAUAGAUCUUGUGCUUCCAUUCUUAUCCUUAGUUCUUGAAGACAUAUAUACAUACAUAAUUAUUACCUGAUUCUUUUGACCCAUUUGUGAUCUGUUAGUCAAUUGAUUAAUUGUCCAUAGAUAGAUAUAUUAAUUUGAUUAAUUUUGAUAAAAUCCUACCUGCAACUGCAUUCCUCAAUAUGAUCCCUUCACAUUGAA